GAAGAAGAAGUAAUACCUUUUUGGUUUAAAACAGCUUCCGUAGUUUCUGUGAUGUUGCUUUUCGGACUUGUGUUCUCUCUGUUCCUGACAGCUUUAUUAUUUCUUCUUCGGGUUUAUUUUGUCUUAAAUUCGGGAUCUAAUCAUCCGCCCAAAACCAGAAGCCAUGUUGCUGUUCUGGUCGUUGCAGGAUCAGGUGGUCACACCACAGAGAUCAUGCGGUUGAUGGAGAGCCUCUCUGCUGCCUACACACCUCGACACUACGUGAUCGCUGACACUGACAAGAUGAGUGAGGAGAAAAUUGUCGCCUUUGAAAGUUCUAAACCACAGUCGCACACUGACGUCCAGUUCACCAUCAAUCGGAUCCCACGGAGCCGAGAGGUGGCCCAGUCAUGGAGUUCCUCUGUUGUUAGCACCCUGAGCGCUCUGAGAUACUCCCUCCCUUUGGUGUUCAGACUCCAGCCUGAUGUGAACUGCAACCUGCCUGGAAUUCCAGAAGUACAAGAUGUUCAGAACUCAGAGACAUGGCCAAGGUAAGGAAGGCUGAAACCUGACCACCACUGAACAAGACACACUGUUGAAACAUCGAAACUGGAUCAAGACAGAUUUUUCAAAGCUUUUUGGAUUGAUGAGAUGAGUGACUCUUGACGGACCACAUGGAUGGACCUGUGGCUGGAUCAGUAAUGGGCACAGAGCUCCACCUCACAUCAGACGGCAGCAAGGUGAAGGUGUGGUAGUCCUAUGGGCUGGCAUCAUUAAAGAUGAAAUAGUUGGACCUUUUCAGGUUGAAGAUGGAUUCAAAAUCAACUCCCAAACCUGCUGCCAGUUUUUAGAAGACACUUUCUUCAAGCAGUGAUACAGAAAAAUGUCUGCAUCUUUCAAGAAGACCAUUGUUUUUAUGCAGGACAAUGCUCCAUAACAUGCAUCAAACUACUCCACUAUGUGUCUGGCCAGUAAAGGUCUUAAAGAUGAAAGAACAAUGAAGUGGCCCCGUUCCUCACCAGAACUAAACCCCAUUGAGAACUUGUGGGCCCUUCUUAAACAGUUCACAUCUCUGAUCAGUGUCUGGGAGGCUGUGGUUGCUGCUGCACUAAAGGUUGAUCGUCAACAGAUCAAGAAACUGACAGACUACAUUAGUGGAGGACUUAUAACUGUUAUUGAAAAGAAGGGUGGCUAUAUUGGUCACUGAUUUAUUUUUCAAAUGUCAGAAAUGUUUGUCAAUUUUGAAUUGUAUAUUUAUUAUUCUCACUUUAACAGAUGACAAUAAACAAGUGAGAUGGGAAAAGUUUCAGUUUAAAUUCAGUUGGAUAAUAAUCCUGCACACAUAAAUAUUGUUUUAAAAAAGCCACAAUCUCACUUUUACUUUCUUAAAUAUUCAGGUUUGAGAGGUUAUUAACAUUUUGGAUUGACAGAGAGCACUGUAGCUGUUCAACAAUAAAAUUAAUCAUCAAAACUACAACUUGAGUAAUAAUUGUGUACACAGUGUAGUUGGUCACACAAUAAGUAAUAGCAUUGAUGUCCUCUCUAGGUGUCUGGCAAAGAGCAAUCCAAGUUGUAGACUCAAAUCAACCUUGUCGGGCUUCUUUGGCUUCCUGUGAUUACAUUUUCUUGAUUUUAUACAUCUGGACCCUAAAAAACUGUACAGUAAGUGAUGCCUAAGACCUUUACUUAAAACGUGACAGCACAAUGCAAUUCUAAAAUGUCCAGCAGUCUUAACAAUAAGAGUGAAACGAUGGCUCCCACCUGCAGUUCUUUUGUGGUUGACCCUGAGCCAUAGAUCCAGCUCUUGGAGCGCUAGGGCUGGUAUCUCUUUCCAUCCUGUCCUUGUUCCAGGCCUGGGCGGGUCCUCUUCUCCGUCUGGCCAACAUGCACAACAAUGUUGAGUGACAAGUUUCAGCUCAGGUGAGCCCCUCUGUGGCCCCACUACAACCUUACUGUCUCGGUUUCCUUGGGGCUACUCCUCUCUUACACCAUCACCUGCGAUGACCCUGAAGCUCGCAUCCUUGUUGCUGCUGCUCAGAGCUUCUGGCUGCAAAUCAAUGCUGGUACCUGGUCAUUUUCUGCAUGCCUGGUUUACAUCUUCUCAGCAGUUUCUGUCUUUCCUCCCAGUCCCUGGCAAGCAGGCUGGGUGUUGGCAAUGCCCUCAUUGCUUUUGUCUCUCUCUCUGUCCCGUGCUCUCUCCAGACGCCCCGUUAUUUCCAUCUCCCAUCACCACAGAUGGGAGAAACUUGUGUAAUUAGUCGUAGGUCUCUCCCUGUGACUAAUUACAGGGAGGCAAGACAGCAAGCUGCUGAGAGGAUCACCGUGAUCGAUGACUGGCACUGACAGUUGUGGACGAGCCAUCGACUUGCAGCCAGAAGCUCUGAGCAGCAACAAUGCGGAUGCGAGCGUCAGGACCUGUGACCAGGUUCACAGCCAAGGAGAUAACCAGUAGCCUCUAGCUCAGCCAGGGAGUGAGAGGCUGCUCCUUCAAUAAAUAAUACAACUCACAAACCUAGAAAGCUAAAACCAAAACCUACAUGUAAAUAAAAAUGGCCACCUUUCCACAUAUCAUUGGGGGUAAUGAUGUAGCAUGUUUAUUACCCAUUGGAGAAGAUCACAUUGGAAUGAAAAACUGUGAAUCAAUAUUUGCCAGUAAGAAGCCCAAUCACUUCAUCUCUCAUUCCACUUUGUGUUCAUAGCAUGAGAAGCAUUUUGUCUAAAUGUGGCCUUCAACUUUGAAUAUAAGUGUGUUUACAACCUCCAUUUCUCUGAUUAAAGCCAACUUUCCAUUACAUGGCCCAUUUACUGCCAUCCUGAAGAGACAAACAUGUUCUGAUCUUUGUCAGUGUUAUAUCCUGGAAAUGUGCUCAGCCCUCUCUCUUUGUGUCUGUGUGUUUUCACAGGUGCUGUGUAAUGGUCCAGGGACCUGCGUUCCUCUAUGUAUAACUGGACUUUUACUCAGAAUUCUGGGAAUAAAGAAAGUCGGGAUAGUGUAUGUUGAAAGCAUUUGCCGAGUGCAGACACUGUCUUUAACCGGCAGGAUCCUGUACCUGGUAUCUGACUAUUUU